AUGCCAACAUUUCAUAACUUAGUCUACUUGGAUGCUAACCUUGCUAAUCUUAGUGGCUGGAAGGAUUUGCUACUUUCUUUACAAUAUUUUCCCAACUUAAAGCAUCUUGAUGUGAGUAAAAUAGGGUUUGAAUCAGUGGAGCAAAUGGAUUGGUGUGCACCUGAUUUUGUUCCGGAAUGUUUACUAAGUAAGCUUAAGAUAAUAAAGCUUGAAGGGCUUGAAGGAAAGGACAAGGAGGUUAAGUUGCUAGAGUUUAUUCUAAAUAAUGCAAUUGUUUUGGAAGAGCUUCACGUACACUGUAAUCACUACCAUUCACUUAAAGAAUCUCGACUAUGGAAUGAAUACAAAUUUUGUGAAGCCUUGUUCAAGCUUUCAAAGAGCUCCUCAACUUGCAACGUUCUGUUUGAAGGUAACUAUAUCAAUGCAUCAAGAAAUGACUUCAAGAAUGGGGUACUUGAUUGUCAAGUUCGCUACGUUGAAUCAAGUUGUGCACUGAAUUCUUCUGGUGCCAAAGACCGAUAG